ACAUUUUUUAAUAUUUUGCUUUUUUUAGUAGCUUGCAGUGUGGCUGCAUUUUAAUCAAAUGGACACUCCUAAUGUAGAUAAUAAAGGAGUCCUUGCUUUGAAACGCUUACUUCAAAGGUUCUUUAAAAAGCUUGUAACUGGGAUACCACAACUGGAGGUUGCAGAAACUAAUUGUAAAAAACAGGUAGCCUCCCUUGCCAACUUGUUGGAACAGUAUGAGUCAACUGUCAAACUUGAUUCAAGGGGGAUGACAAUUGUGACUUUGUUUCCAGAUAUUCAGACUUCAUUACUAGUCAAAAUUUCACAAGAAGUAGAUGCUAAGGUCACCAUACUGCAGCAACAUAUGACACCAUUCAAAGAGCUUCAGGAAGGUGCUUAUAAGGCUAGGACUGAUGCCUUAAAACUUUGUAAAACAUACAACAGCUGCCUUAAUGCACAUGAUUUUAUCAUGGGGGAGCCUUCUAUUCCACCUGUUGCAGCUAUGUUGAAUUGGCUGGACGACAUUGAAAAACAGUUGCGACAGUACUACUGCUGCCGUGUGUUCUAUCUGAACAAUAUCCUGGAUGAAGAAAUCAUCAAUUCAAAUAAUCUAACCACACUGUGGACAGAGCACAGCAAACAGCUUUUCAAUACAAUCAAAGAAUGUGAAGAAAAAACAGUAUUUUUUCUGGACACCAAACUAUAAGUCAUAGGUUGGACCAAGAGACAGCAAUAGAGUUGUUCAAGUUCCAGUGCAGUUCAUUCUAAAGCUUUUUCUAUGCAUGGUUUGUAGGC